AUGUUAAUAGACGCUACGUCGUCUCCAGCACCUUUGACUAAGUGUCUCACCAUCUGCGUUAUUAUGUUCGCUUGUGCUGAAAUGAAGUCGGUACUUUUAGGAGUUCACAACUAUCUCGUUGUGCGGGACGCUUCAACCGCGCUCAGUCUCAUCAUCAACUCAAUUUCGAGAAAAAGCCUUCACCUUGCCAGUUCGUCUCGAGCGGAAUGGCCAUCUUCUCGUGUAGUGAAUUUGGUGACGGUGGAUGCGGAAGCACUUGCGGCUGCUGCCCCAUUUGCUCAUCAUGCGUGGUCGUCUGUACUGGAGAUUGUCAUCGCUCUGUCCUUGAUCUACAUUACCAUAGGAACUCCGGUCUUGGCCGCAAUGAUUAUAAUGCUACUUUAUGUGCCGUUCAACUAUUGUUGUUCUUCAAUAAUAAGUUCCUAUCAGGUAGUGCACGGUAUUACAGUCGUAAAGAUGUACGCAUGGGAAGAAGCAUUCGAGAGGGAAAUCAAUCGUUUGCGAAAACAGGAAGUAAAAUUCCUCAAGAAGGCUACUCUGAUCACUCGAAUUCUUCAAGCUGUGAACUCAGCCGCUCCUUUUUUGGUGGCGAUCGCAUGUUUUUCUUGGUUCGUGCUCUCGUCGUCGAAGAACAUUCUGGAGCCAUCGAUUGCGUUUGUUGCUUUGACCGUCUUCAAUCAACUUCGCCGUCCGAUGAGUCUCAUCGCUCCUGCUAUUCAAUUUAUCUCUAAGGCAAUCGUCUGCAGUAAGCGAAUCAACGACUUUCUUCAAGCAAGCGAGUUGAAGAAGGAACGAGAAUCAAAGGAUUUUCAGAUAUUUAUUAUUCUCGAAAAUGCUUACUUUUCAUGGAAUAACCAGAAAGAGCACCUAAAAAAUAUAACUUUGAAAGUAAGACAGGGAGAGCAUCGAGCAGUUGUCGGACCAGUUGGUUGCGGCAAAUCUUCGUUGCUGGCUGCAAUUCUCGGUGAAAUGAAUCUCUUGGAAGGUUAUCGAAAAGUUAACGGUACUAUUGCUUACGUCUCGCAAACCUCGUGGAUACUCAACGAUACUGUGAGGGCGAAUAUUUUAUAUGGGUUGGAAUACAACAAAAAUAAAUAUGACAAGGAGCUGAUUUUCGAUGUCGAUGACAUUUUGCAGAUUUUGAGAGCUUGUGAACUGAAAAAGGACAUCUUUACAUUACCACGAUCAGAUGCAACCGUUGUCGGAGAGAAUUUAUUCGGUCCAGAUGGUCUUCUUGCGAAAAAGACAGUCAUUCUUGUCACCCAUUCAGUCGAAUUCACGAAGACCGCAUCUUUAAUUCAUGUAAUGUGCGGUACGUACAAAUGUCUUGUUAUUAGGAUACUUCGUAAUUUCUAUGUUUGA